AUGAUUCAACUCUUAUGGUACGUAGUCUUUUACAUUGUUGGAGGCGUCACGCUUGCUCCCCUUGUCCUAGUUUCUCUUUGGAUCUCUUCACCCAAGGCUCAGAUUACUGAAGAAGAUAAAGCAAGGGAUGAGACUAAGAAAUCGGAAAACGAAAGUCAGCGAAAAGGAAAUCCAAAGGGUUAUAGUACCCUUAAGAGUACUGAGGUGUACUACGACGAAGAUCUCGAUGUCAAGGCUGAGUUUGAAGGUUGGCUCACAGUGACCCACGAGUUCUAUACCCUUCCAGAAAUUCAGGCAGAUCAGUACAGAUCGAAUGCUUCUUUCAAUGGCAAUCCUACAGAAAAUACAAGUGACUCAUCAUCCAACGGAACUGGGUUUAUAAGGAUGGUUAAAGAGAUCGGAAAUAACAGCAGCAAAGAUCCGCAGCCGGAUGUAGGAGGUUCCGACGCUCAUCAAUUAAAGCAAGUUAGAAAGAGAAGCAGGUUCUUCGCGGUACUAAAGCAUAAGAAUCUAUUUCUUUACAGAGAUGAGACAAGAAAGGAUGUUCAGCAUGUUAUCGUCUUGAACAGUUAUUUCGUCACAAUGUGGCCACGAAAUCUGGUUGAUGCCCGACUGUUUACCAAGUACACGGCAAUAUGCUUGCUUAAGAAACAGGUUUCUCAGCCAACAAAUAACAAACCAAAACCGCUUUCUACUAAAGAGUUGCUCUAUCUUCUGCACAAAGGAUCCCAGAAUACAGCGCUACCGGCCGGCUCGUACUUUCUUUAUGGUGACACAAAUCAUGAUAAGGAGGAUUGGUAUUUUGCCAUUCUAAGGGCCACAUCGGUUGCUGACUCUGUUUCCAAUGGUACAGAUGAUGAUCUUUUGAAUUCCACUCUUAAUGCAAAACCACUUUUCUUCAAUACGUCCCAUAUGAUUGAUCUUCUGCAGACGAUAAACUCAACAGAAGGCCAACUAUCCACAAAAUGGAUCAAUGCUCUAAUAGGAAGACUUUUUUUGAGCGUGUACAAAACCGAUGCUUUCAAGCAAGGCUUCAAAAAGAAGUUCGAUGAAAAGCUCCGACGCAUAAGAACCCCUGGAUUUUUGGAUGAGCUACAAAUUGGCCAUAUCAAUGUUGGUAAGUCGGCUCCUUUUAUUACACAUCCUCGAAUGAAGCAUCUCACUCCAGAGGGCGAUUUAGAGCUUGAAAUGGUGAUUGAUUACUCUGGAGGACUAACAGUGGAAAUUGCUACAAAGGUUUUUUUAAACUUAGGAGCUCACUUCAGGCAGCGAGAAUUUGAUGUUAACCUUAAGGUUAUUCUUAGAAAGCUACAUGGAGAUCUUUUAGUGAAAAUGAAGCCGCUGCCAUCCACCAGAAUCUGGUACACUUUCAAGAGUAUGCCUGAAAUAGACCUUGAAAUAGAACCCGUUGUCAGCUCGCGUACGGUAAAUUAUAACUUGGUUACUAAUAUUCUUGACAAACGGUUCAAAGAUGCCAUACGGACAACCUUGGUGUACCCAUUUAUGGAUGAUAUCUUAUUUUUUGACACUUCCAAGGAAAUUUUCAGGGGUGGCAUUUGGGAUCACUCUCAAACGGCUUCAAAAUCAAAAGCGAUUUCUAAAAAUGUCGAGCUUGAUCAAGCUUCUGAAAAUGCGCCUACAAGCAGUUCAAACACGACUGAAGCGUUUGUAGAAAUAGCAGCGGAUUUUGGCAACCACGAAUCUACCGGUCCCACUAGCACUUCUGUUUCAGGUACUGAUGAUAGCAAUACCGUUACGACGCCAUUUGCAGAAGCACCUCCUCCGGAAUUGGUAAUCGAAAAUGAGGAUGGUGAUGCGGACUCAGUCUCUAAUGCUUCUAUGCAUUCGCAUUCACCGUCUGUCACUUCGUCCUUUCAAAAGUAUACGACUGGUGGUAAGAAUAUCAUACGGAAAUAUUCAAGUUUCGGAAGUAAUUCGGAUUCGCACACAGAUACAGAGAAGAGUGAGUUAUCACAGGCAGCUGUACAAAUAAAGAAUGGAGUUAAUACUUCUGUCUCAAAAUUCAGGCAAUGGUACAGUAAGAAGACAUCUUCAGAAACUCAUUCACGGUCGGGAUCUUCUGAAAACAACUACAAUCCUCCUGAAAUGAUUACUAGUAGAAGAAAGCGUGAUUCAAGCCUUUCUUCGAGCAUUAUUUCAAUGGAAGGAAGUGAGUCUAUAACCGGGAAUCAAGCGCAGAUCAAUAUAUCUGAAUCCCCCCCAAGUCCCGAAAUGUUUAUCAGCGAGAAUUUGAGAAGACAGCGGCAUGAUCCCGAUGAGUAUAUGGAAGUGCUCGGUUCUCAAUCUGUGGUGUCCCCAGUUUUGGAUGAUAAAACUAUCGAUGCCAAAUCAACUGACACACUACAGAGCUUCAGUGUACACAAUGUGCAAGACACGAUCCCAGCUCAAGCAGGUAUGAGCGUGUGGGAAAAUUCGCUGAAGACGGCUGAGAAGUUGCAUCAUGCUCCUGAUAUUGGCGACUCUGCUACAACGGAAACGAUAACUGCUCCUGAGAAUACUGAAUAUGUAGCUGUUGAACCAUUUGCGUCCGCCGAUACCACCACGAUGACUCCUUUAAAAAAAGUGAUACCUCCUCCUCUUCCGCAAAGACAGGUUCCUACUCUUGAGAAGAUCAAUACUCCACCAAAACUACCAAGCCGAAGCUUAACAACUCAUAGAAAGCCGCCUCCGGCAACCAUGCCGUCCACUUUACCUGCUUCAUCAACAGGUGAACCCCAGGAGGCUCUAAAUUCUUCAAACGCUGGUUCUUCACCUAAUUCAUUAUUAGAUGUUGCCACCUUACCAAAGGCUCCUGAUCCUUCUACUGUUUUAUAG